AUGGAGGCUUAUGGCGGGGGAGUGUGGGCUGGACAGGGCAGAAGCACGAAUUUUUUUUUUCACGGCCGGGCUUGGGCGCUGGCUGGGAACGGCUCGUUGAUGACGAAGACUCACCAUAUUGUUAGUGCCUCGGCGCCCCCCUUACAGCUGCCUCCAGUGGCUGCAGCGGCCCUGAUUGAUCAGCUAGCGCAGCGCGGGAGGCUAGGCCGGGUUGCGCCUGGAACGCCCAUCGAGGCCGCUGAAAGACCCAGAAAUAUAGCGCCGGUCAGCCAGUCAUACGUUGUCGAAAACGCCCGCCACGAAAAAGACGACACACAGAUUGUGCUGUCUGCGCAAAGCAAACGACUUCGUGGCGAACCAGGCUGUGCUGCCCUUCAACACGCGCAAACGGAUAGAUACCGUAUUCGAUGCUACAAGCACGUCGUCGGCCCAAAGGGCUCCCAAAAGUAUGGCCAUGGACUGACUCCCGCGGACCACUGUUACCAGCUUCCAAUGCAACGCCUGCAAGAUGCACGCAAUACUACUACCCAAGACACGUCGCACCACCGAUUUUUCCCAACGUGCGAAGCAAAAGAUGCCUCCUUUCGUCAAUCGGCACCCUACAUCCGGACAGGCCACACGCUCCCUCACCUCUCCCUCAAUCGAAAGGGCCAUCAUCGGCAUAAAACGCACAGACUCUCUGCCCGGCACCAUGGCCCGAUCGACCUGCCAGGGAGCUUGGGCCUUGGCUCGUCCACUCUCACGCGACAGCGGCGACAUCGCUUGACGUGCUGGGGCCAACCUGGACCAACCGGCGUCGACAAUCCGGCAAUUCAAUGCUCUGCGAUCCCCGGCUCUGAGAGAACGAGCGAUUUUCCCUGGCCUCUUUCCCCUCCCCAAGACUUCCUCCCAGCACCUCCAACCGAAAAAAAGGAGGCCUCCAUUCCGCCAUCCCGCAGCAACGAGGCGGAGUCGUAA